UAUAAAUACUUUUCUUGCCUAGAUUUUUUGUUUUGUGUAAAAACGCGUCGAAUUAUUUUAUCACGUUUAUGAUGUUUGCAGCUGUGUAGUUAAACUGAUUGAUUAUUUUCCUUCAUUGUACUCUUAAAUCUUAUUAAAAUGUCACAAAUUAUACCUAGGUAUGUAUAUAUAUUAUGGCAAAUAUAAAAUAUUUUACAUAGAUAUAAGAUUAUAAAAGAAAUAAUUUUAUUUUUUUAUUUUACAGCAAAAAAACGAGAACUGCUAGAGCAUCUCUUGUCAAUUGCAAUUGACAAAAAUAAUUGAUUUUUUUACGAUAAAUAAAGGUCUUGUCGAGGGAAAAUUCCAUGCAUUACAUGGAAAGGAAGAAGCUAAAAAAAAUGGGCAGAAUUAACCAGUCAAUUAAAUUCCUUUCAAGGUGCAACAAAGAAGGUUGACCAAUGGCAAGUGGUUUGGAGGGACUUGAAAAGUCGCACUUCUACAAAAGCAAAGGAAUUGCGAAAGGCUAAAGCAUUAACAGGGAAUAAACCCAUCAUGCAAUCUGAAUUGACAGAACUUGAAUUACGUAUAAUUGGAAUAAUUGGAGCCGAAUACGUCGAAGGAAGUAAACAUUGCGCAGAUAGUAUUCCAGAAGAAGAGAGUUUGCUGGAUCAACUUGAACAAGGAAACAGUAAAGUUUUGUUAGCAACUCCACAAGUAAUAAGUGUUUGUACAAACGUCUCGUCAGAAAAUUCACAAGAUGCCAAUUCUUCUUACAAUAAUGACAGGGAUUUAAUUCUUAAUGACGAUUGCUCACUAAAUGAUGUAGAACAUAAUGCAGUAAUUGAAAUUGAAGAUUGUGAUGCUACUCCAUAUCUCGCUCAGAACAAAGAAUCAAAAAAGACUCCAAAAGUUACUACUACGAUCUCAUCCUCUAAGACAAACAAAGUUCAACAUUCAUUAUCAUCAAAACAAGCAGAACAGACAAGUAGUUCUUCAGAAAAUAUUUAUACGUCUACUUCAUCGAGGAAAUUCAAUCGAGUUACACCCUAUUCUAAACAAAUAAAUUCAUUGACGGAGUACUUUCAUUCCAUUGCUUAAAAGUAAGCCGAUGCUGAGUUUAUACACGCUGAAUGUGCUAAAAUUCCAGCAGAGGCAUGUGAAAUGAAUGCGCUUGCAAUGUCUAAAAUUGCAAAUGCUAUACAAAAGUUAGCAGAUGCAGCUGCUGCACAGGCCGUUAAUGAUAGCGAACGUAUCAAAGUUUUUUGAAAAACUCACAACCGUUUUGGAAAAUCUAUUGCCUACUUAUAUUCAAGAAUAACCUCUGUGAUACCGUUUAUUCUUAAUUAAGAAAAAUUUUUUUUUUGUCAAAUAUGAUUUACCAUGUUGUGUUCUUUUAUUCAAUAACUUUGUGUAAUCUUAAAAGUGCAAAAUUAUGUUUUUUAUUUAUAGGAGAAAUGUCUACUUAAAUUUAACAAUGAGGGUAUUAAAUUGGCUAGUGAUUAAUUGUUUAUUAGAAAUAUUAAAACCGUUGUUGUUAAUGACUAAUUUAAUAUUAUCAAUGUUAAAUUUAUAUGAAGAUUGUGGACGAAUAAUCUGUGAUCUUUGAUACUUUUGAUCUUUUUAUUAUAGGAUAAAACUUAAGACUGUUAAAGUAUAAUAAACAUGUUAAAAGGCGCACUAA